AUGGGUCUUAACUUCAGUGUCUUGAACAAAUUCGGUAAUUUUCCCUCAAGCAUUCCUUUAUUUGUUUGUGGAGUCCCAGGACUGAGCGCGGCAACUACCAAGCAAGUUUAUGAACGGCAUUUCGCAAACAAGGACACUAAGGAGUUUAAAGAUUUCCAUAUUGCUUACGUCGAGUUCUGCAAGUAUUUCAACACGGUAAUGCCCGGUCAGGAUUUCGACACUCCAUCAACUACGGAGAUUCAGAAAUUUUUUGACGACGUGUGGAAGCCGGAGAAGAACGAGGAAGAGAGGAAGAUACUGUUCCUCGAGUUCAUGAGGAAGAACGUGAGGCAAGCGAAGGUGGACGACAGCUUCUUCAUCGCGGCCGGGCUGGCGGUGCCGGUGGCGGCCGUCCUGGGCAAGAGGGCCAGCGGGCACAUCCCCUACGUGAAGAGCGUGAGGCUGGACCUGGUCCCCAACGUCGUGUUCGUGCCGUUCGUGACGCUGCUCGGCAUCGUCGGCGCCACCGCGUGGCAGAUGGGCAACAAGAGCGCUGCCGCCAAGGAAGACGAGGAGGCGAACGAGGAGGAGAAGAAGACCAGUAAGCGCGCGGCGGAGCAGCAGAAGGAGCCCAGCAAGUCGCCUUGA